UUCCUUUGGGUUCGCUGUUGUUUUCCUACCGGAGCCGGGAGCGCGGCGUUGGGGCGGCGGAGCAUCGCGGCGCGCUGACGGCGAACGCCAUGGAUUCGGGCCGGUAGUACGAGUUGGGGAUUUGGGUGAACCGCCGGCCUGAUGGUGCACUGCAUUUCUAUGGUGUGGCGCAAGGUGCUGAGGAAGCGCUGGGUCCUUGCCGUGGUCUUCGGCCUUUCGCUCAUCUAUUUCCUGCGCAGCACCUUGAGACAGGAGGAAAGAACAGUCCUCGACAGAAAUUUGUUGCAGCUUCGAGGUCCUGAACGGCGAAUUGUAUGGAAAGUGCGUUUUAACCUGGGUAACAGCAGUAGACAGAAUGCACAGUGUCGAAACUCCAUCCAGGGUAAACUACUAAUUACAGAUGAACAAGGCUAUGUCUGUGAAAGGAAGAACUUGCUUGUAAAUGGCUGCUGCAGCAUAAAUGCACCAAGCACAAAAUUAUAUGCAUGUGACACCUGCCUACCUAAUGACUGCUGCAGUGUGUAUGAGUACUGUGUUUCUUGUUGCCUUCAGCCAAAUAAACAACCUCUGUUAGAACGCUUCCUGAACAGGGCUGCAGAAGCCUUCCAGAAUCUGUUUACAGCAAUUGAGGACCACUUUGAACUCUGCCUGGCAAAGUGCAGAACAUCUUCUCAGAGUGUUCAACAUGAAAACAACUACAGAGACCCUGCUGCAAAAUAUUGCUAUGGAGAAGAUCUACCAGAGUUACUUCCACUGUAACCUACAUUGUUAAAAUGGGAGUUAUACAGUAACGAAAGCAUAUUUUGUUUGGGCAAACUUUCAUUGUGGAAGGAAUACAGGUUUUCUUAUUAUAAGAAACUACAGUAGUUUUAUUUGCUAUACCAGUAUUUAAUUAUUUAUUUAGUUUUAGCUUUUGAACUGUCUUGAUUGCAGCAAUCAAGGCAACCAAAUGCCAAACAAUACCCAUCCAAAUCUGUAAUUAGUAUUGUGGUGAAUAUUGCAGCCUGAGCAGACUACUGCCAGCAAAUAAAGAAUCAUCUGCUACAUUAAUUACAGUUUAUUUGCAUAUUUGGAAAUUAAUCUGUGCAACUUAUGUAAAUAUAUGCAUAUGUUUAUCAAAAUUAAAAUGUACACAACAUUUGAUUUAUGAGCAGUUCAGGCUUCUUGAUUGUCACUUUAAGUCCUGCCAAUUCAUGAAGGUGGCUAGUAUUUUCGAGAUGAGUGAGCUGGGAUAAUUUGAUUCUGCAAACUUGCUUUGUUUUAGUGAAGUGUAGAAUGCAAACUUUGGAGAGUGCUUAGAUUGCUAAUAUUAAAUUAUAUCUAAUUAACCUGAUAAAUAUUGUGCUUACUGUGCAAUAUUCUAUAUUGAUAAUAUAUCAUCAAUAAAAAUGGGAUGAGAAAUUUGUGUUCAGUGGAACUGCUGAACUUGUAGUAAUGAAUUCACAUUGAAUUUGUUCUUUGAAGUCUAUAUAACAAAAUUUCAGAAGCCAAGUUCCUUGUGCAUUAUUACAUCGUUUAGCACAUGCAACAGAGAAAUUUUUAUCCUGUGAUAUCUUACUUGAUUUACACAAGCUAAAGAACAUUGGUAAUCUCUGGAUGUUCCUGAUAAUGUCAGCACUCUGAAAGUGACAACCCAUUAAUCUGUGAAAGAUAAAACAAAAGUUUAGAGGACCAUUUUCUACAAUGUAGAUAAAACAAAAAAAUAGGGAAUAAGGCAUAUUUGAGUGUCCUGACAUGGCUCUUGUAUAAGGCAGUUGAACUGAGAAAAAGGAAAGAAAGCAGUUGUGGAGCUCCAGAUUUGUUGUAAUAAUCUCAAUUUUAAAAUUAUAUAAUAUUCAUUGAAUAUUCAAGGUUAAAAGGCAUUUACCGUGCAUUAUCUUUUUCCAUUGAGUCUCCAAGCUGUUGAGUUGGAUGUAAAGGAUUAAUAAAUGAAAAAGUUAAAAUGAGACAGUUUUUCUAUAUGUUUUUGUAUUAAAGACAUUGUGAUGCAGAGAAUAUUAUCCUGAGGGCUGAAAUAAAUCAUGUGCUUUCAUUUUUUAAAAUUUCAUAUGUGAAGUUUCUAUUAACUUAAUAUAAUCUAAUUUAUUUUGUGUAUGCAAUUGAAUUGAUAUGUGACUACAAUAUGUAUAAUCAUAUUUUUGAUGUCACUGGAAUAAUGUCAAAUUAAAUGACAGUCAUGAGAGUUGACAUCUGUAAUUUGUAACCAGUCUCAGUAUUUUGUGACAGUAUUUAAUGUCUUGGCCUCCCGCUCACCGCAGACAUUUGCUGCCUGCCUCAUCCCUAUCCAUGAGAGCACUUCAGUUGUUGAAUCAGCCUCAUUUACGAUGAUUAAAUGUACACUGCCAUUGGAGGUACUGGUUUGAGACUGGUGUCUGCAGUUCAUAUUUCACUCAAACAGAGUAAUCUUUGAUAAUCGUUGAUAUCCUUGGUUAGAUUGCGAACUAUGCUGGUCAGGAGAGAACACAUUCUGAAUUGGACAUUGUUCCAACUGGGAGUAAAACCCUACUAUUUACACAUUUAAAUUGAAGUCAGCUGCAUUUAAAAAAAUGGUUCAGUACUCAGAACCAAACAGUUUAUAAAUAAGAUUUGACAAUUCAGUAGAAUUUCAAGUAGAGCACUUGUCAUAGCAAUGGCAUAUGUCUACUUCCACGAUGUCUUAUGUUGCUUCACAUUGGAAUAGAUUUAACAAAGUGAAAACGACCAAACUAAUGUGAAGUCUACCAAAUAAAUGCAUCUUUCAUGGCAUUGUCUUCUGGUAUGUAUUUCAUCUUCCUGGGGUUUACUGAACGGAAGUCAUUUCCCUCCAAUGUCAAUAUUAUUUAUUCAGAUUAUGUAAAUCAUUUUUAAAAACAUGAAACCUGUUCCUUUAAGUAAUUUUAUUAUUGGGAAAUGUUUCAAAUGUGCGGGCCACUUUUAAUAACUUCUUGCACCAAAAACACAUUAUCCAACCAAGUUGGAACAUAAGCACAUUUGAAUGCUCAUCUUAUUUGAAUUAAGUGGCAGGAAUAAGAGACUAACGAGAAAA